AUGGCGCUGAAUACUGAACCAACACACAACCUUUGGGCAUGUUCAGUACUCCGGCAGGUGGUUAAGAGCGGCGAGGCCAUCCUCACCAACACUACCUCAGAGAAGCAUUCUUCGGAGGAUGAUGAUCUCAAUAGAGCUUGCAAGUUGGGAUCCCACUAUGUUGCGCUGGAGAAGGAGGUGAUAUCCCUUCAGCUGGACCUGGAUAUUGAGAAGCUCAAGAGUGCCCGACUAGAGAAGGAGAAGAAAACCCUGGGAGAAACCAUGAAGCGGGCCCUGGAGAGCAAGAAGGACCUGGCGGUGGCUCAGAAGGAAGCCAGGACCAAGACCAAGCUCACCAACGAGAAGUUGGCUUCAGUUCGCAAAUUGGAGGAGGAGAUCAAGGACGUCAAGGCUGCAGUCGCCGCUGCCAAAGGCGAGUCCUCCGAAUGGGAGAAGAAAUGCAAAGACCAAGCCGACACCUUCGCGCAGGAGAAGCAAACUCUGGAGGAGAAGGUUGCGCCACUCACUGAGAAGAAGAAUUCUCUGGAGCAAUACAUUGAGGAUUUCCGCACAGAGCAGAAGCACUGCUACAACAUAGAGUUGGAGUUGGAGAGGCUCGAGAGGAAUCUAGAACCCUCCAGGUCGCUCGUCGCCGACAAGGCAGCUCUCGCCAUCCUGUGUCUAGAAGACCAUCUGGAGAACGCCUUAGGCUCUAUAACUUGGACGAGGAGCGCCUUGGGCCGGAUCGACAAGGAGUUGCAGCCUUGUGAGGAGACCCAGAUGGACCUGGAGUCCAUCAUGACGCAUCCGAAUGAGGUCCCAGCUCGAGUGAAAGCUUGGAAGAAGUCUGCUGCCCGAAGCGAUGCUGAUGUGGCUUUGUCACUCGUCCGUGUUCACUGCAAGAACAUGGACGAGUAG